UCCCGCCUUUCCCCGGUUCUCUUCUCCUCCUUUCCACUUUGUUAAAACUAAAGACACAUCACAAGUCUAAUUCCUUCUUCUUUAUUCUACAUUACUAUAACGCCUGUCUCUGACAACGCACGCGCACAACAGCAACCAGCUUUCGCUCUACCCACACCCAAAGCCCACGACGUCAUGCCUGAAGGCACCACAUUGACGGCUGCGCAGUUGCCGCAGCUGCUCGAAAAUGAUACACGAGUAAAGUUGGCCGGUGUAGAUGUCGACGGCAUGCUUCGUGGCAAAGUUAUUUCGAAGAAGAAGUUUCUUUCCAUUGCCGAAGAGGGUUUCGGCUUCUGCUCCGUCAUCUUUGGCUGGGACAUGCACGACAAGACCUAUGCCCGCGAACUCAAGAUUUCCAAUGCUGAAAAUGGUUACCGUGAUUUGCUUGCCAUUCCGGACCUGAACAGCUUCCGCCGAAUCCCUUGGGAAGAUAACUUGCCCUUUUUCCUUGUCAGCUUCUUCGACCCCGACACCAAGGAGCCUGUGUGCGCUUGCCCACGUGGGCUUCUCAGAACGUUGCUUGAUCGCAUGCGCACCAAGGGCUGCGGCGCCAUGGCUGGAGCCGAGUAUGAGUUCUUCACUUUCAAAGCCCCCGACGGUGGAUCGCCCGCCGCCUUUCUUCAGCACAACCUGCCCCAGAAGCUACCUUCGCUGACCGAGGGCAUGUUUGGUUACUCGUUAACCCGACCUCUCCAAAACAAGGACUACUACUACGAUAUUUUCGACUCUUGCGAGGCCUUCAAAUGUAACAUUGAGGGAUGGCAUACCGAAUCCGGCCCUGGUGUUUUCGAGGCUGCUCUUGCUUUCGAUGAGAUUGCCGAGAUGGCUGAUCGCGCCAGCUUGUUCAAGCUCACAGUAAAGGGUGUCAGCACGAAAUACGGUAUUACUCCCUGCUUCAUGGCCAAGCCCAGACAAGGUCUUCCUGGAAACAGUGGGCACAUGCACAUUUCCAUUGUCGACACCGCUGGCAAGAACUUGCUCGCGAGAGAAACCAAGGACGAAGACGCUGAAUGGGACGAUAUUGCCUACCUCUCCGACGUAGGCCGUCACUUUUUGGCCGGUCUUUUGGAGGGUCUCCCGGAUAUUAUGCCCAUGCUUGCACCAACUGUCAACUCAUACAAGCGCCUCGUCGAGAACUUUUGGGCACCAGUGACUGUGUCUUGGGGUCUUGAGCAUCGCGCCGCCUCCAUCCGUAUCCUCACGCCCCCCACCUGCAAGGCUGGAGCCACACGAUUCGAGGUGCGUGUACCUGGCGCUGACACCAAUGCCCAUCUGGCUCUUUCUGCCAUUCUGGGUUGUGGCUGGCGUGGUGUAGAGAAGAAGCUAGAGAUUCCUUGCCCACCUCUGGAUAGAGGCGCUGAGAUUGGCAGUGGGCGAGACAAGGGCGAGCGCCUGGCCAAGAGCCUGAAGGAAGCUACUGCCAAGUUUAUGCACAAGGACAGCAUCGCCCGUGAGGUAUUUGGCGACGAUUUUGUCGACCACUACGGUGGAACUCGUGAAAAUGAGUGCCGCUUGUAUGACGAGGCCGUGACAGAUUGGGAGGUUCAACGAUACAUCGAGACAGUCUAACGAAACGAAAUUGUACAAUAACUUGUCGAUUCCAGUUGUAAGGCGAAGUUGAUCUACACUAUCAAUUUUUCUUUGGGAGCUCGUGGAGAGCAUAUGAUAUGACAGGGACAUCACGGGGGAGGCUUUUGUUUCAUCGUUCACCAAUGUGUACAUACAAUUGAUCAACAUCGAUCUUAGCAAUGAAGAAAUAUAACUAUACUUUGUUUGAAAAUAACAUAAAUCAGCAAAAGCCGCCCAUUGUUUCCAUACUGGCCCUAAACUGAGAGCCCUUGACUUUCUUUGAAAGAUGUUGCAAAUUGACCGCCGACAAUAAAAGCAAAAGCACGCACAUAAUCAUCCUAUACAGUACACAUAAUACAUACACCCACCACACCGUCAUACAUUACAUCAGACUUGGGCGUGGUCUCCUACGCGAACCAAACCUCGCGUGCGGACCGCCGCCGUCGUCGCUUGGGUUCCACUCCUCGGGAUGAAAGUCUGGGUUUCCAUAAUGUGCUCUAUUCCAUAUGCUAUUUUUAAAAGUCGCCGUGGUCACGUUAAACAUGGGAUCCGGCAGCUCGUUCUGACAGUCCUCGUAGUCCAGCUGCAGCGCGCUGAAUCGUAUAUUGCAGCCCAUAGGCCUCACCUCGUCCAUUUUCUUCUUCUUUUUGUCUGUUUUAGUCGUCGCUAUUGCCCCGUAGGUCCAAUCCUGGCCACCAUCAGCAAACGCACAGCAGGAGUCGUCCAUAUCUGCCAUCGAUAGCAGGCCCGGGACAGUCGUAAGAUGAAAGUCGGCCGUAGCAAAGGUGCGGAGGCUGUGCGGCGCGGGCAUGGUGGGGGUCGCCGUCAUCAUCAUAUGGUUAACCUGCACAGCGAGAUCCUGGUUAGAAGAAAACGGCACUUGGAGGAGGAGGAGCGGGGGCAAGUCACGAUAGAGGAUAUCGUAAUGAUCGGGCCGGAAGAGGAGAUGUAUCGUUUCGUGGUGCGCCGCGGCCUGGUCGUCGUCGGGAAAGCGGUACAUGUUGGGCGCCGAGCCGGGCGUGCGGUCCAGGUAGGCGAUUUCCAGGACAAGGUCAACGGGCUUGACGAGCACGUUGGCGAGGCCGAUGAUGCCGAGCUGGUCAAUCUCGCGGUCUACGGGCUCAAUAGUGUUGGCGCAGUACGACUGCACACCCGAGCCGUCGGGUACAAAUGGAUCGUAUACGUCCGCGUUGGCCUUGAGGUAUGUGGCGGCAAGUAAGCGCAGGUAGUAGAUGAGGGCAGAGGAGGUUGCUGUGUCGUUCCAUCGUUCCUCGACGAGGGCUAGUGCGGCUACGGGGUCGGCAAUGAUGGGCACCAGGUCACGCAGCAUCCCGAUGGCUUCGUCGGCCCAGUCCUCGUAGAAGGUGUAGCCGCCGACAGAGCCGAGCAUGGUGUUCAUGCUGGUGAGACGGGCGACUUCUGAUUCUAGUUUAGUGCUGUCACCGAGGCCUGCGAGCUUUUCAAAGUAUGAGAAGCCGAUAGCUAAAAGUGAUGGAGUGUGUUAGUUGAGUUGCUAGAGGUAGUGGUGAAAGGGAGUGAUGGCUAUAGUACCUCGCCAGCCGCAGUUGCCGUCGCCCUUGAUGGGUCGGUAGCUGGAGUAUGUUUGUGAGAUGGCCUAUGAGAUGACGUUAGUUGUGCUUGUGAAAGUAUACGGAAGAGUGUCGGUGCGUACUAUUGUCUUUUCAACGUAAACGGGAUCUGCUUUGGCAUAUUCCUCGGAUAUGUCAGAGCUGGGAGUCUUGGGGCCAACAUCUGGACCCUAGGUGUACGAUAUCAUGUUAGAAAGCUGUAUCUAGGUUUAGGUACUAGAAAAACUUCAACAAGGACAUACUUGGAUGUCGGGACGGUACUCUUUGGCGGCUUCUUGCUGUGCCGCCAUACCAUGCGGGGCAUUGUCCGAAACGCCUUCCAUGGCUGGUCCAAAAUACCUCUGGUCUGACUGAAGCUGCAACAGGUUGUACUCUGGGGAAUCCUGGAUGGUAGCUGCGGUAGAAGGCCAACUGGGAAUGUUGGCCAACAGCGGUGAUGGUGAAGGUGAAGCUUGCGCAAUGCAACCACUAGCUGCCAGCUCGUGGUGGUGUUGUUGUUGGUGGGGGCGGGGACUGUCCACGCAGCCGCCACAGCGACGUGACGACACAGCAUUAUCACCUGCAGCAGCGGCGGCGCCCACGCCACGGCCUUGGGCAACCAUUGGGCUCUCGUCCUGUGAAUUCAGAGCACACAGGACACUAUCAAGCCGACUAUUGGCAAGGUCCACGCCAAGUCCUAGCUGGUCCCAAAAAGACGACGGGAGGGAUUCCUGCUCGUCGAGUGCAUGUGGGCUGUUCCUAGGGAAUGAAGAGCAGGCGAUGCCCUGAUACAUGUUGAUAAGGAUGAAAAUAAAACCAGAAAGAGAAAGUGAAUCUGCUGAUGAAAUCAAAUGAAUUCUGAGCCAGGUUGAUCAAGCGAAAAUACUUUUCUAAAAGCAAAGAAAAACAAAAACAUACAACGCGACGAUCAAGCGAUGCUGGUUGUUUCAGACAAAACAUCUGGUUUAAAUGUUCCCUGGAGCUCGGCUGGGAUGACUGGCGUGCACCCACGGCACAGACUGUGCGACGAUACUGCUGCUGAAUCGUCCCGCGUCUUUUGCGUCUUGUGGACGAGAGCACGGCAUAGAACGGCGCGCGAUACGCACUUGCAAGAGAAAGGAUCCAUGUCCAUCGUGUUGGUGGCAAGCCCGUAACACACGACCGACUACGAAUUGCAGCUUUGUUCUUAGCAAUGACUCGUUAAGCCUUUUUCAAUGUCAGUUGAACCUCUGGCCAGCUCUCCUGUGGGCGUGUGUGUUGGUUUAGUGCGACGUGACUAUGCGAGCUCUAGUUCUCAGAAACAGUCGCAGUGUCUUCCUUUUUCCCAACCGUGUUACCAUCACGUGGGGAUUCGUCGUCUAUUCGAGCACCGGAUCUGUAUGCCUGCAUCCGCUGUGCUUGAGCUGCCUCCCCCGUCUCAUAUCACCCGUACAUGGCUGGCUGCAUGCGCUGAAUCAGACACGCACAUAGUGCUGUAUGCUGUGCACCGCGAGUUGCUCUGUUGUCUCCGCCACACGUCCCCUGGCCUCGCUUGCUAUGGGCGAACGACCCUAUGUGACAAGGCAGAUGCCCUUACUGUAGCCACCCUUGGAGCGUGGUUUUAGUAUUAUUUGGUACAUAUGCUGUGUUGCGGCGUACAAUCAGUAGGCAAAUGCAAGCUGGACGCAAACGCAUGAGUCCCAGAGAUUACAUUUUUACUAUAACUUCUACACUAUGCAGACGUAGAAUUCUGGUAUUUAGUUCGAAUCUAGAAAGAACUCAAAACAUUCAUCCGCCCAAAUUUGUAUCAACGUCGCUG